AUGGAGGCGAGGCACGACAAGUGGAUGGCGGAGCACGGGCGCACGUACAAGGACGCCGCCGAGAAGGCUCGCCGGUUCCGGGUGUUCAAGGCCAACGUGGACCUCAUCGACCGCUCCAACGCCGCCGGCAACAAGCGCUACCGCCUCGCCACCAACCGCUUCACCGACCUCACCGACGCCGAGUUCGCCGCCAUGUACACCGGCUACAACCCGGCCAAUACCAUGUACGCCGCAGCUAACGCCACCACCCGCCUCUCGUCGGAGGAUGACCAGCAGCCGGCCGAGGUUGACUGGCGGCAGCAAGGCGCCGUCACCGGCGUCAAGAACCAACGAUCCUGCGGUUGCUGCUGGGCCUUCUCGACGGUGGCCGCCGUGGAGGGCAUCCACCAGAUCACCACCGGCGAGCUGGUGUCCCUGUCGGAGCAGCAGCUGCUCGACUGCGCCGACAACGGCGGCUGCACCGGCGGUAGCCUCGACAAUGCGUUCCAGUACAUGGCCAACAGCGGCGGCGUCACCACCGAGGCGGCCUACGCCUACCAGGGCGCGCAGGGGGCGUGCCAGUUCGACGCCUCGUCGUCGGCGUCGGGCGUCGCCGCCACCAUCAGCGGCUACCAGCGCGUGAACCCCAACGACGAGGGGUCGCUGGCCGCCGCCGUGGCGAGCCAGCCGGUGUCGGUGGCCAUCGAGGGGAGCGGCGCCAUGUUCCGGCACUACGGCAGCGGGGUGUUCACGGCGGACAGCUGCGGGACGAAGCUGGACCACGCGGUGGCGGUGGUGGGGUACGGCGCGGAGGCGGACGGGAGCGGCGGCGGCGGCUACUGGAUCAUCAAGAACUCGUGGGGAACAACCUGGGGGGACGGCGGAUACAUGAAGCUGGAGAAGGACGUCGGCAGCCAGGGCGCGUGCGGUGUCGCCAUGGCGCCGUCCUACCCUGUCGUCUCUGCCUAG